CGAGCACACUAUGAAACACUCAGUUCGGAAGUAAAAGCAAGCUAAGACGGUCCUGUGUUAAUUUAUAAAAAAUAUUUAAAAUUUCGUAUAAAAAAUCGUUUACAUGAUGUCACUGCUGAAGCAUUUGAAACGAUCAAUCUUGCUGAAGAGCAAUCAGACGGCACUGGCUGUGCACUCAUGCUUCUUUCACAAAAGCUCUCCAUUAGAAUCUAAGAAUGACUAUCUAAUUGAUUCACCUGAGUAUGAUUUCCUCAAGGAUAUUGGUAUAGAACRCGAAAACUGCGGUGUAUAUAAUGGAGUGUGGAAAGGUUCUGGAGAGGUAUUAACAUCUAUAGACCCAGGAACUGGACGCAAGAUCGCUAACGUUCGUGUGGGAACAUCUGAAGAAAUGAAUGAGGCGAUAAAAGUUGGAGUGAAUGCAUACCAGCAAUGGUGUCAGGUGCCAGCACCUGUACGUGGAGAUAUUAUACGUCAAAUCGGCGAAGAAAUGCGCAAAUAUAAAGAGCCUUUGGGAAAGCUUGUAAGCUUAGAAGUUGGAAAAAUAUUCAGCGAAGGACAAGGCGAAGUUCAAGAGUUUAUUGAUAUUUGCGAUUAUGCGGCAGGGCUUUCGCGAAUUUACUCAGGACAGGUAAUCAAUUCUGAACGACCGGAGCAUACAAUCUUGGAAGCGUGGCGUCCUUUAGGCUUGGUAGGCAUUAUAUCAGCCUACAAUUUUCCGAAUGCCGUCUUUGGUUGGAAUGCUGCAAUCGCUUUGACAACUGGAAAUAGCGUUCUUUGGAAGGGAGCCCCAACUACGUCUCUAGUCUCAGUAGCGACCAUGAAAAUCCUUUCUGAAGUUUUGAAACGUAAUAACUUACCACCCAUUGCAGUGCUUUGCCAAGGAGGUGCCGAUGUGGGUCAGAAACUUGUUAACGAUUCUAGAGUGAAACUUGUGUCGUUUACUGGCAGUUGCGAAACUGGUCGCAACGUUGGAGUGGAGGUCCAAAAACGUUUUGGCAAAGUUAUAUUGGAAUUGGGUGGUAAUAAUGCUUUGAUUGUAGACCAGGAUGCUAAUUUCAACAUGGUAUUAGAAGCUGCACUCUUCGGUUGCAUUGGUACUUCCGGCCAGCGUUGCACCACAACACGUCGUAUUAUCGUACAUGAGAAACUAUAUGAUCGCCUGGUUAAGGAAUUGGUAGUCAAAUACAAACAAGUUCUUCCAAAGGUGGGUCAUCAAUUAGAUCCUAAUACACUGGUUGGUCCAGUGCAUUCUCAACAAAAUAUUGAACAUUAUAAAGCCGCCAUUGUCGAAGCUGUCAAGCUCGGCGGAAAAGUUGCAUUUGGCGGAAAAGUGAUCGAGUCUGAAGGUUUCUAUGUGGAACCGACUAUAAUAACUGAUUUGCCACAUGAUUCGCCAAUAGUGCAUCGUGAAACUUUUGCUCCAAUUGUUUACAUUCUUAAAGCUAAAUCUAUUGAAGAGGCUAUCGAAUGGAAUAACGAAGUAGAUCAAGGUCUGUCUUCUGCGAUAUUUACGGAGAACAUAUCGAAUGCGUUUAAGUGGAUUGGCGCACAAGGCUCUGAUUGUGGCAUAGUAAAUAUAAAUACUACAACUAAUGGAGCAGAAAUAGGCGGAGCUUUUGGUGGCGAAAAACACACUGGUGGAGGUAGAGAAUCCGGUUCCGAUGCAUGGAAACAAUACUGCAAACGUUCGACAAUAACACUAAAUCAUUCCGGAAAAUUAGCAUGUGCACAAGGUGUGGUUUUCAAUGUAGAAUAAACGAAGUAAUUUUUAUUAUUAUACCAUAAA